AUGGCUUCUUCAGAGAUAGAGGUGGUGUCAUCGGACUCCAAAACCCAGAAAAACCCUACCGAGGUGCCGGUGAUCGACGUCUUCUCCGCUUCUGCUUAUGGCGAUUUUCAGAAACUGAGAAAGUUUGUCGAACAAGACGGUGCCUCUCUCUCCAACCCUGACGUCCAUGGCUACUACGCCCUCCAUUGGGCUGCUCUUAAUAACUUCCCCGAUAUAGCUCAGUAUAUAAUUGAGCAUGGUGACGAUGUCAAUGCGAGUGAGAAUAUACAACAGACAGCGUUGCACUGGACAGCUGUGCAGGGUGCAAUUGCGGCGGCGGAUGUGCUCUUGCAGAAUGGAGCUAGGGUUGAGGCUGCUGAUGUAAAUGGAUACCGG